AUGUCCCCUGAUUCAAUCUUCGAAGAGGCCAUUCGCGUGACCCCGUUGGGUGCCAACACUUAUGCCGCUAAUCUUCGGCCCGAAUGGUGCAUUGGAACUGUCGCCCAUGGCGGCUAUACAACCGCCGUGCUAUAUCGGAUGGCGCUCACACAUUUCGAAUAUGCUCACCCAACGCACUAUAAAGAACCCGCAACCCCGAUUUCCAUCCAACUAUCUUUUCUGCGGCGCACAGCUCCCGGCGCAGCCACAUUAGUAGUGGAUGACGUCAAACUGGGUCUCCGAACAAGCACAAUCCAUAUCAAGGUGCUGCAGAAGUCUGAGAAGCAAAAGAACAAACUGGAAGUCAAGAUCGCGGGAUAUAUCACCGUGAGUCCCGCGAGCACCGAAGUGGGGAUUAAUGCGCCAACGGGGUGGGCCUUGCACCCGGCGUCCCCGGGGGGAUCUCACCCCGACGGCCGGGUCAAUCUGCCUGUCCUCGGCCGCACCGGCCGAGACGGCGUAUGGGCCAGGCUCAACACCCCGUACCCAGAAACCCGCCAAGCAGAAUCCCACACCGAGUUCUACACUCCCGGGUCAGCGGCCAUGCGGCAGCAUAGCACGGGGAGAAUCUUGGGUGAUCAGUGGAUGCGCUUUCGACCGGGCGGCGACCCCGACGCGCGUUGGACGAAUCCUGCUGUCGUCUACGUUGUUGAUAUGUUUCCCAUGAUCUUGGAUGGCUUGGAUUCUCUAGCGGCCCAGUCCAUGGCCCAGACGGAUGGUGAUGAGUCUUCUCCAGACGCGCAGUUCUGGUACCCGACUAUCUCUCUCAAUAUUGAUAUCAAGAAGCGCUUGCCGCCCCAGGGCGUCGAGUGGUUGUAUAGUCGUGUGGCAAUCAAGGCACUUCGCGAUGGCCGCACGGAUCUUGAGAUUACCGUGUUGGAUGAGAUGGGUGAUGUUGUUGCGCUCGGCACGCAGGUUGGGUUGCUAGUGAGCGCCAGUCGGAAUUUGGGAUCGAGAACGAAGCAUAAGCUUUAA